AUGGUCCCUUCUCCAGAGUUACCCACCCCUAUAGUAUUCACUAUACCACCAGCAAUAUCACCUGUGUACCCGACACCACCUCGAGUUGCGCCUACUGCGUACCCAACACCACCGCCACCUGUGUCUGCUACGGUGUAUCCGGUACCUCCUCCAGCCAUGCCUACGGUGUAUCCAACACCUCCUCCAGCAAUGUCUACUACUGCAUACCCGACACUCGUACCAGUAGCAUCGGUUACACCUACCACACCUCCAGUCGCUCUUGCCUAUAUUGACCCUGCAGUGCCACCUACGGUACUUGCCCCCGCUUAUGCAGCAGCACCAGAGGCACCUACCCUGGCCUAUCCAGCGGUACCACUUGUAAUACCAGUUCCAGUGGUUCCACCAAUUCCUGCGAGCUCUUAUGAUCGAGGUGGCUCAACAGAGAGUGAAUACGAACAAGAAAAGGAAGCAGAUAGAUCGGACUUCAGGACAGACCCAGCAGCCACAGGCUACCAGACAACAGCAGGGUGGUCACAAUCAGUCGGGUCAGGGUACUUCUGGGGCAUCUGGCCGACCUCAGAAAUCAAGGCGGACUUCCUUAGGACGUUUUCGGUCAUCUCAGCAAAACCGGAAAUAGUCCUCUAG